AUGUCACAUGAAUCAAUUGUACAGUUUAAAGAGUUUACAGGUAAUAAAAUGUGUUAUUAUUAAUAUUGACUUUACAUUAAUUGUUUGAUUUACGAGAUUUUAGGUGUUACGGAUGAUACAAUAGCGACGCAAAUGCUAGAAUGUUGCGAAGGAGACGUGAGUCGUGCCGUCGAGCUUUAUUUUGCCCGACAAGCUGUGGUUGAAGAUGGCCACGACGUUCAAGUUAUGGAUGAUGUGCAGGUGAUUAAACAAGACGACGACGAUGUGAUGAUCGAAGAAUCAUCCAAGGUCCAAAAUACUCCGAUAGUCGAUGAGGAUGGAGUUAGAGCUCCAAUGCAGAGAGUUCAAGGCCGGCUAGUUGAAGGAUCGUUUAGGGACCAAUAUGGCACAAGGAGAAGAAGAGCGGCUCAUCCAAUCUUCGAGCAGAAUCAUGAAGAAGCGGGUAUGUUUGUUCCACUCUUGAAACGUUAUGAUUUGUAUAAAGGUUCUUCUGGUAUGUACAGUUACAAUGGGGAAGAAGACAUUGCUGGGCCUGCAAAUAAACGACAGAAGAGUCUCAUGGAGAUCUUUAGGCCACCUAUAGACAUUAUCAGCCGACACAAAUGGGACCCUCUUCUGAUGCUUGCCCAGAAGAAGUCUAUGUGGAUUCUCGUGAAUCUUCAAGAUUCGACAGAAUUUGCAUCUCAGGUUUUAAACCGAGAUGUUUGGUCGAAUGUGACGCUGAAAGAACUGAUCAAGGUCAAUUUCCUGUUCUGGCAGAUGUAUCGUGAUAGUGCUGAGGGUCACAGAAUUGCAAGUUACUACUCGGUAACUGAGUUCCCAGCUGUUUUUAUUGUUGAUCCUCGGACUGGGGAAAUGGUCCAAUCAAUUUCGUCUAUCGAUCCAGAUGCCAUGUUGCAUGUGUGUAAGGCUUACAAUACUCUUUCCUAAAUUUUUUAGUGUCUGAUUUUACCGAAAAGUACCCUACAUUCCAAGCGCGUGAUUCCUUCAUUAAAGAAGAGCUGGUCCAGAAUAAGAUGAACUACGUAGAUUCAAAGCUUAGGACUCCUGGUGUUCCCGGAAGCUCGAAAAGUCGUGCCGAUGGGCCUGUAAGUGUCCUGUCCAUAACUUUUAAAAAAAUACUGGAUGUUACGCUGGAUAAAUUUACAUAUUUAGACUCCGAAACUUUCUUCGAUGUCUCAAGAUAUGGCCAGCAUUCAGGCCAAAAGAAUGAAAAGAAUUGUCGUCAUUGAUAGCGAUGGUAGGUUAUAACAGGAAUCGUCUAAACUUUGUUUAGAUGAUGAAGACUCGGAAUCCCCUAAGCCUUUAACUCCGCCUUCGUCCAAUUCCUCAAACUACGCGAUAUCAUUUCAACCUUGGAGAUCCUACGUCCCCUCAGAUGUUGAUCCGUCCAACAAGGUCUCAAUUGUGUUGAGGAUGCCCGAUAACAGCCGAGAAUCUUUGGAUAUUCCGCUUGAAUCCCCCAUCGAAACUUUGUUUGCUUUUAUUUCGGAAAAGGACUUGGAUGCCAGUCAAUAUAACUUCGUCCUGACUUUUCCACGAAGAGUUUUCAAAAUCGAGAAUGCCAAGGAGACACUCCAACAGUUGGGCUUCCACAAACAAGAACUAAUCCAUGUGGAACGUGUUUGA